AUGUUAGCGUCGAUCCGGCUGCAAUAUUGGCCACUUAAUGCCCGGAAUAUAGCUCGAAAGACCGUGUACCGUUGUGUGAAAUGUUUUCGAAUGAAGCCUACCGUGGUACAACCAAUCAUGGGUAAUUUACCUAGAGAGCGUGUAGAAAUCCAAUCUCGUGCAUUUCAAAUCUGCGGUGUCGAUUUCGCGGGGCCUAUAAUGGUAAAACAGAGUUUAAGGCGAAAUGCACCCGCGACAAAAGGGUAUGUUUGUAUAUUUGUAUGUUUUGCUACUAAGGCGGUGCAUAUUGAGGUCGUUAUAGAUUUGAGCACAAAGUCAUUUUUAAAUGCGUUGAACCGAUUUUUUGAUCGCAGGGGAGUACAAUGGAAGUUUAUUCCCCCCAGGUCGCCUCAUUUUGGGGGAUUAUGGGAGGCAGCGGUUAAGUCGAUGAAAUCAUUAUUACGAAGUGUACUAUGCGAAUCAUAUUUAACGUACGAAGAGUUAUGUACUAUACUCACUAGGGUAGAAGCGUAUUUAAAUUCUCGGCCUUUAACGGCUUUGUCCUCGGAUCCUUCCGAUUUAUUAUACAUCACUCCAGCUCAUUUCCUAAUCGGAGACUCCCUAAUGUCUAUACCGGAGCGGGAUGAAACAAAUACUCAGGUAAACCGGUUAGACCGUUGGCGUCGCGUUCAACAAUUCUCACAAAUUUUGUGGAAACGUUGGAGUCGAGAGUAUUUGCAUCAAUUGCAAGAGAGGUCAAGAUGGGCUAGUGAAAAGGGACCCAAAGUGGAUAUCGGCAGUGUAGUUUUAAUUAGUGAAGAUAAUCUGCCACCCUUACGGUGGAAAAUCGGACGAGUGAGAGAGGUGACACGGGGAAGUGACAACAUCAUUCGUACCGCGGUAGUAAAAACGGUUGAUGGCGAGUUAACCCGGGCAGUGCGUAAGCUGUGUCCACUACCAUUCGAAGGCAAUGAUGGUUAA